AGACAGACCUAAAGAGAAGAACCCCGAAACUUCAAACACCAAAUCCAUUCCCUAUAAAUAUUACCAUCCAAUCCUCUCAGCUUCAUCACCGACCAAGUUCAAGUUUGCAAUCACCUAAACACUCUCAAAGUUGCUUUCUUUUACAUUCUUUGAGCGCAGAUGUCUCUGAUCCGAUCCUUGUUUGCUACCCCAUUCUCCACCGACGUGUACGGUUCGAACAACGAGAUUUCCACAUUCGCUAAUGUAGAAGUUGAUUGGAAGGAGACCCCAGAAGCCCAUGUGUUCAAAGCUGAUCUUCCAGGCCUAAAGAAAGAGGAAGUGAAAGUUGAGAUUGAGGAAGGAAGGGUUCUUCAGAUCAGCGGGGAGAGAAGUGUGGAGGACGAGGAGAAGAAUGAUAAGUGGCACCGCAUGGAAAGGGGAAGAGGGAAGUUUGUGAGGAAAUUCUGGUUACCGGAAAAUGCUAAGGUUGAUGAAGUGAAGGCUUCAAUGGAGAAUGGAGUGCUGACGGUGACCAUUCCGAAGGCGGAGGAGAAGAAGCCUGAGGUCAAGGCUAUUGAGAUCACCGGAGCUUGAGUUGUGUAUGUGAAGUAUUUUAUAGUUCCCGUGUUAUGAUGUUGCGUUUUAUGGUUGCUCUUUUUUUUUUUUUUUUUUUUUAAUUUUAAAUCAAUGUUUUAUAUGUAUUUGUGGUGUUUUGGUUAAUAAAAAUUGUGCUCAUAUUUUCUUAA